GAUAUGUCAAGACUGCAGGUCUGCAGACUGCAGCCACAGGAACGGUCUAUAUAUAUACGUCCUGGCCUCUUAAUUUCUUCCCAAGGAGGAGUCGAUCGAGCAGAAGAGAAGCCAAAAGCUCCAAUCUUCGAGAGACGUGUGAAGAACAUUCGAUCGCCAUGGCCGGGGGAGGCGAAGAGCUGAAGCUGCUGGGCAUGUGGGCGAGCCCGUUCGCUCUGCGAGCGAAGCUUGCGCUCAGCUUCAAGGGCCUGAGCUACGACUACGUCGAGGAGGACUUCAAGAACAAGAGCGAUGUCCUCCUCAGCUCCAACCCGGUACACAAGAAGGUCCCCGUGCUCAUCCACAAAGGCAAGCCCAUCUGCGAGUCGCAGGUCAUCGUGCAGUACAUCGACGAGGUGUUCCCCGACGCCGGCGUCACCCUCCUCCCCGCCGAUCCCCACGAUCGCGCCGUCGCUCGCUUCUGGGCUGCCUACAUUGACGAAAAGCUGUUCAGUGCGUGGAUUCUGGUGUUCAGAAGCAAGACGGAGGAGGAGAAGGCGGAGGCGGUGAAGCAGACGUUUGCGGUGGUGGAGAAACUGGAGGGAGCACUGAGCGAGUGCUCCAAGGGGAAGCCCUUCUUCGGCGGCGACACCGUCGGCUACGUCGACGUCGUGCUCGGAGGCUUCGUCGCGUGGGUGCACGCGAUCGAAGAGGUGUUCGGCCUGAACCAGUUCGACGCCGCCAAGACGCCGCUCCUGGCGGCGUGGUUGGAGCGCUUCGACGAGCUCGACGCCGUCAAGGAGGUCAUGCCGGACAUUGGCAGGCUGGUCGAGCUCGCCAAGAUGAGGCAGGCACAGGCAGCGGGGGCGGCCGCAGCCGCCGCGGGUGAGGCCAGUUGAAGUUUGCUGAAUCCUGGAGGGGAGUUUGAAGUUUGAAACACAACCAUAUAGAUUGUCGUGUGCUUCCACAUUUUCGCAGUUCCUAUGGCUGUACCUCGUCUUGUUUCUGCAACUAUGUUCAUCAGUUCGUAUUGCCGCACCGUGUAUCUUCGCCAUGUACCGUCGCAGUUGCCAAGUGGGAAGUGGCUAUUCUACCAAGAUGAUGUAUGAUGUGCUACGUCUAUAUUAAUUCAUACGUUGAUUUGUUUCAAUAA